GAAAUGGGUACAGUUGGUGACCGCAACUCAAGUGCCACUUUUUUUAAUAGCGGAAGAGCGAGCUUGUGGCACAUCAGGCUAUGGCCGUGUGUCUUCGGUGAAGAAUGUGGCAGCGGUGAGCCUGGUGCUGCCGUGCAUCUGAGCCGUCUAACAUUACUGCAAAUAUAAAUUUCAUGACGAAUAUCCACUCCGCGCUCGGAUGUUUCGUAAUGUUAAAGCGGCAUUCGCAGCUUUGCCACAACCAGUUCGUCACUCCAGGCAGAACCGAUGUGGAAGAGAUCCCUACUAUCGUUAAUUGCCUCCAACGCAGUGAUGUCACUAGCGAUCGUGGUUGGUCUGCAGGAGUUCCAGGGACAAGCAGCUUCCUUUUCAGGCGCAGAUUAUGCGGAUGACUACGCCGUUAUGAGCUGUGCACGAACGGGGGUGGCUGCAGGCACGACGUGUGCUGGGAAGUGUGCAGCGGUUUGGCGCGACGGUGACGAGAUAGGAGACGAUAAGUCAAGGACUCGGCAAGUGGUUCGAAUAGCGAAUCAAUGCGCUAAUAACAUCGACGGAGACUUGAUUUUGACUCAAAACGCUUUUCAGAAGCUCUCAGACGCGAAUUCAAAUCGAGUUCCGAUCCGGUGGAGGUGCAUAGAUUGCUUGGCCAGUAAUGACGGCUCCGCUGGUUCCAGCGACGUUGGAAUGGCACUAUCAAUGGUUUUUGGUGGUGAUUUAUCGCUUGGGGAGCUCGAGUAUUCCGGGUAUGCUGACACAGAUACCCCUCAAGAUGAAAUAGCGGCGAUGGAAAAUAACAACGGUAACGACAAGAGCACAAGCGUUAGCGAGAGCGACGCCAGCACCGGUGUCAAUGUGAGCGAGGGAAAUAACAUCGAUGGUAGCGACAAUAGCAGCAACAAGAUUUGGUCUGGUUCUGAAUCAAAUGGGCAAACACAGAAAGUAGCUCUAACCAGCCCUCCAACUGGGCCGAUUCCGUCAUACACACAAUCGCCGUCGGCGUCUUCAACACCGAUGCCAGCGACGGCAGUCUCUUCUUUCGAUGGGGCAUCUUGGUCCGUUCCGCUUACAUCGGCCCCAUCAAGCAGCGAAUCCAGUACUUCGGUCUUCCCACCAGCAACAACUAGUCCGGCGACUGGAAGCUCAUUUGGAAUGGUGGAGAUUCCUGAUGAUGAAACUCCACACGAAGAUGUCGAUGCGCAUUCCACUUCGCUUGAUUCAUCACGAAGUACUUCAAUAACCAUCACCAACGAGAAGAAUCUGUCUACUGUUUCACCGUUGCCAUCGCCCACUCAAUCAUCCAGAGGCAGCGCAGACGGAGGCUCUCGUGACGGCGUCGCGUCUCCUACAUCAGCCGUGUUAAAAAGCCCAUUCUUCUAUGCGUCGAUCGUACUGGGGAUCGCGGGUUCAAUGGGGGUCAUCGUCGGAUGUCGAGCGAAACGGAAGAGGAAACAACAUAACGAAACUGGAACCGUUAGCGCAUCGAGGCACCUCGCAAUGUCUCCAAUGUAUGGAUACAGCCAGCCGGAGUCCUGCCCCGUAGACUCCCAGAUCCGCUGCAGUAGCCAUAGCAUUAUCGUUUUGUGAGC